AUGGCUGCUUGGGAUCUGUCUGUGACAGUGGAGGAACUUGGCCCAGAGGCCCCACCCUUCAAAGUUAGCGUGACCUCAGACCUGCAUAUUGGUGGUGUCAUUCUCAAAAUUGUGGAGAAGACACGUGAGUUCCCUACCAAUGUACACUUCAACUUCCAUCCAUAUUGGUGGUAUAUUUAAGAUAAGAGUAUAUUUAAGAAAUAAGGCCAGAGGGGGUGUGGUAUAUGGCCAAUAUACCACGGCUAAGGGCUGUUCUUAUGCACGAUGCAACGUGGAGGGCCUGGACACAUCCCUUAGCUGUGGUAUAUUGGCCAUAUAUCACAAACCCUGAGGUGCCUUAUUGCUAUUAUAAACUGGUUACCAAUGUAAUUAGAGCAGUAAAAAUAAAUGUUUUGUUAUACCCGUGGUAUACAGUCUGAUAUACCACCACUGUCAGUUAAUCAGCAUUCAGGGCUCGAACCACCCAGUUUAUAACAUCUAUUUCAUAUGCAACCGUGGGGUGUAGAGUAGUAAGUUAUUAUUCAUUUAUACUCCACAACAUCUGUAAGUCAGACAACAGAACAUGAACAUUGAUUCCAAAACAACAUUCAAAAUAUCUAUGCAAUGGAAAACAACAGACUGUACUGUAUUUGGCUGAGAGUCAAAUAUGAUCACCACUAGGCACCAUAGAUGUGUUUUAAUACAUCAUUGCCAGACACCUCUCUGUCCACUCCAGAGAUAAAGAAGGAUUGGUCAGACCAUGCCCUGUGGUGGGAGCAGAAGCAGCAGUGGCUGCUCCGGCCAUCCUGGACCCUUGAGAAGUAUGAAAUCCAUGCCGACGCUCGCCUGAGCCUCACCCCCCAGCACAAGACCCUGAGACUGGGCCUACCCAACGGGACCACCCUGAGGCUUCAGGCAUGCUUCUCUCGUCCAGUCUUCCAAACGGUCAUGGGGAUCUGUCGUCUGCUGAGUAAGUAAAUAUAUGAGGAAGAGUUCCCACCUAAAUAAAGUAAGAGAUUCUUCUUAUUGUUGCAGAUGUUAAUCAGCAUCCCCUUACACUGCUUCCCUCUGGUCAUCCUCAGACCUGCGUCACCCAGAGGAGCUGUCGUUGUUACGGCCAGUGGAGGUGAAGAAAAAGAAAAAAGACAAGGAGGCAGAAGAGGAAGUAGUAUAUGAUCUAACAGGCCUUCAGAUCUCAUCAGGUAGGUCUAGUCAAAUUGGAGGUACACUUCAAAUUUCAAAAUGUCUGUUCAACAUUCCGUACAGUAGCUUUCACUGUACAGUACACACCAAAUACUGUGUAACAUAUCAUAACUGCAUGUGUAAUAACGACAGGUUCAGCUCACACCCUCUCCAAUGGCAUGCCUGUGCACUUUGCUGACUCACCGCAGACUGAGGCUGUGUAUAAGAUGUUGUCUGUCAGCCUACCUGCACCUGCUCCUGAGACUAUCACCAAGAUGCCCCGUCCCACCAGCAUUGUGGACAAGGCACAAGUUCACAGCAGGUGAGUGUCUUGUGUGUAUGUGCACAGCACACAUAGAUAUGUUUACGUAUGUUACUCUGUGCGAUAGUGGGUGUGAUUAAAUGUGUGUUUUAUUAUUGUAUUUAGAUGGCUGGAUUCGUCUCGUUCUCUGCUCCAACAGGGAGUGCAGGAGCAUGACAGGCUGCUGCUACGCUUCAAAUACUACUGCUUCCAUGACCUGGAUCCCAAGGUAGGCCUGAACCACGCUUUCUGAGGGGCUAUCAAUUAUUUCCUUUGUUUACCUCAUGGUGGCCGUGAAUUGGGCUGUGUGUAAUCUGUCACUUUAUCUACCUCGUCUCUGUCUCCAGUAUGAUGCGGUCCGUCUGACCCAGCUGUAUGAGCAGGCUCGCUGGGCCAUCUUGCUGGAGGAUGUUGACUGCACAGAGGAAGAGAUGAUGCUCUUUGCUGCCCUUCAGGUAAACAACGACUGAUUGAAAUGUCACCAAAGGUUUUUCCCUGUGUAUGACACAUUGCUUCCCUUCUCUUUCACAAUGUUAUACGUUUGUGUAUGUGAUUUGUGUGUGUACACUAUCCUCAGUACCACAUUGGUAAGGUGUCUCUGUCAGAGCCCCAGCCGAUGACAUCAUGUCCUGCCAUGGAUGACCUUGACUCUGCCCUUCAGUGUUUGGAGGUGAAGAUGGAAGCGGACGAGAGCAGCACAGUGGACAUGCUGGUUAGUCCCUCUGAGUCGGAAAAGGCUAUACGGACACUCCUGAUAUUUAGUUUCAGAAUUGGUUAAAAUUAGGUUACGGUUAGGGUUAAGGGUUUGAUUAAGGUUAGGGUUAAAGGGAAAUUCGACUCAAAAACUAUAUUUUGGUAUUUGUUUCAUUAGUCCAUUGUUGAUAUAGUCCCAAAAUGUUUUGCAUGUCAGCAAUCAAAUACAGCCAGUAUGAUGCAUUUAGCCUGUAUGAUUCAUUUUGCAUCAUAUUUACAUUUACAUUUUAGUAAUUUAGCAGACGCUCUUAUCCAGAGCGACUUACAGUUAAUGAGUGCAUACAUUUUUCAUACAUCAUAUGAUUCAAAAUGCAUCAUACCGGCUGUAUCAACAAUGGAUUAAUGAAACACAUACCAAAAUACAGAUUUUGGGUGGAGUUUUCCUUUAAGGUCAGUUUUUGAUCUUGGUUAGUUGUUUUGUAGGUCAGCAGUGUCCUUAUAGUCUCUCCCCUCUGAAUCUCCACUAUACUGCACUGGUCUGUAGCUGUGGCCAUGGCUGAUUUGUAAGGCAGCAGGAAAGAAGUUGAAUUGCAACUGCACAUGAAAACACAAAAUAGACACUUGAUUUCAUCUCUACACAGGAAACAAUGACGGCAGCACCAGAGCUGCAUGACUACUUGAAAAUCUUCAGGUAAUAUGGGUUGACAACAUAAACCAUUGCUGGCUGGCUGAACGCCCUCUGACUCAGAUCCAUCUUUCUGCCGGUGACAACCUUUUCCUGCCUUGGAUUUUAGAUUGGAUAUCGAUCACGCAAGAUAUAUGAGACUUUCGGAUAGUCUUGAUUCGUUUUUUUAUGAGACGUACACGUACUCACCCACCCAUACACACCCAAGCAAACACACACUCCGAUGCAGCCACCGUUAUAUUGAUAUGCACACUCACACACACAUACAACUAACUGCAUACCCUUUCCAAUGUUGCAGAAAGACAUUAGCAUCCUAGUAGUACUUUGUUUUAUCUCACUUUCUCCGACCUAGACCAAAGAGACUGACCCUAAAGGGCUAUAAACAGUUCUGGUUCGCGUUCAACAACACAUCCAUCUCCUACUACAAGAGCAAAGAGGAGAGCCUCAAGGAGCCCAUUCAGCAGAUGAACCUCAAAGGUAAAAUGCACUGACAUGCACUGUGGUGAAACUGCACACCUACAUGCACAUACACUCAGCCCACAUUUUCACAUACAACCACAACCACACAAGCUGACACCCCUGCAAAUAUGUGUACAUACAACAUCCAUUCUAGUACAUAGAGCAUCAGAAAGGACAUUCUAAGCAAAAUGUUACUUCUGGGUUAAUCAAUAUUAUUCUAGAUAUAAUUAGAUUUAUUCGCUGAUGACUUUAAUAAGCCAAAUGAGUCCAAACUGGCCCCAUAAGACACUGCUGUGCUCCUCAGGCUGUGAGGUGGCCCCAGACGUUAGUGUGGCUGGUCAGAAGUUCUGCAUCAGGCUGCUGAUCCCUGGGGCUGAGGGCAUGAACGAAGUCUACCUACGCUGUGAGAAUGUAAGGAACUCAACUCUCAGCUCACUCUGUUUAGAGAAUUCUUCACAUGAAUGAGAAGCUAUUCGUAUCAUCCUAUGUAACCUGUUCCAAGGAAUAGACCCAACUGCUACAUAUCAAUGUACUAAGUCCCACUAUGUCAUGCUCUGCUAUGGUAUAUUUCCAUCUUUCCAUACCAUGUCCAUUCCUCUCCUGUCACUAGGAGCUGCAGUACAGCAGGUGGAUGGCAGCUUGCCGUUUAGCCUCCAAAGGGAAGACACUAGCAGACAGCUCUUUCUCUAGUGAGGUGCAGAAUAUCCAGUCCUUCCUGGCCAUGCAGCGAACCACCCCCGGGGCCAAUACUGCUCAGACUGAUGACAGCAUCAACACACACAGCCUUGUAUCUCCACGCUACCACAAAAAGUACAAGGCCAAACAGGUAAGAGUCAUGGCGAUCUGCGGGGGAACUCGCGUAAUAUUACAGAAUGUAUAAUAAUAGAAGCAAACAUAACGUUCACACUUGACUAGUGAUUCUAACCAUCCCUCUGUUCUAUCAGCUAACUCCUCGCAUCCUGGAAGCAUAUCAGAAUGUGGCCCAGCUCCCACUAACAGAUGCCCUCCUCAGGUUUCUUCAAAUCUGGCAGGCUCUACCUGACUUUGGGGUGUCUUAUUUUGUGGUGAGGUGAGUACUUGUCCUUUUGUCAAAUAUUUUCCAGCUAUCUGCCUUGUCAACAUAGCACUAAAUCUUAGCUCACUUGAAAUUACCCAAAUUCUACACAUUUCCUGUAUAAUCACAGGUUUAAGGGAUGCCGUAAAGAUGAUGUUCUUGGGGUCACCAACAACCGUCUCAUCCGCAUUGACCUCAGCAUAGGAGAUGUGGUGAAGACAUGGAGAUACAACACCAUGAGGCAGUGGAAUGUCAACUGGGAUAUUCAACAGGUAAGACGUCUCACUGUCUGCCUAAUGUAUCUUCAUCUAUCUGUUACCUGGUCUGUCUACUAUAUUGUUUCAAAUAUGUACAAACUAAUUAUGACUUAAAUGUUUAUCUGAAGAAGACCUAUAAGUGGAAUCAAUUGUUAAACCUAAUUUCUUUAUUCCAGAUGGCCAUUGAGUUCAAUGGCAAUGUGAACAUUGCCUUCAGCUGUGUGACAGCUACCUGCAAGAUUGUGCAUGAGUACAUUGGGGGCUACAUCUUCAUGGCCACACGCACCAAAGAGCAGGCAGAGGUGUUAAACCAGGAGCUCUUCUUCAAGCUGACUGGUGGUCAUGAAGCCAUCUAAACAUUCAUGAAUAUCUGGAUCUCAGAAUGCACCUUUAUGGUUUUAUGGUACAUGGACAUGCAGUAUUAGAACCAAUCAAAUAGGUUGUCAAGAGUCACCAAGACAUUCAAUGGGAAAGUGGUCAGUUGAACACGUUCUACAUAGGCUACCAUUUCCAUGACUCAGAACUGUAUUGUUAUUACUCAACCAUACAAUAUGUUUUACUGACGUUAUAAAAGUCCAUUUCGUUUUUAAAUGUUUGUGUAUUCUUCUAUUCAAAUGUAUUCAAUAGGCUACAUCGAUAAUAUUAAAUGAAUGGUAUGCAAGAAAA